GCUUACUAAUCUUCCCCCAAGCUAAUUUCCUAAUCGAGCAAUCCACAUCUUGAUAUCUUAUCGAAAAAUUAAAUACUUUACAUGCCCAGCACUCCCCCCUCACCACCAAUCAACAUCUCCUCAUCAUCCAACAAAAAUGUUACUCUCAACCUCUCGCGCAUUGCCGCACACAUUGCGCGCAAUAACUCGAUCCCACGCUACUACGUUCGCAAAUAUACGACACUCAGUCUCAACAUUAAAGGAAAAUCCCAAUAUUUACAUCCACCCACCCACCUCUUCCUCCCCCCAAACCCACACUCUAACCCUCCUACCCACCACCCCACCCACCACCUCCCUCUCCCUCGGCACCGCCACCACCCUCCCCGUCACCCCUCAAUCCUUCACCCCCAACCCGCAAUUCCUCCCCUUCCUCUCCACCAUCCUCAAAAAAUACGCCCAUCAAGACCCACAACUCCAUUCACAAGCCGCCGCCUUCGCCACGACCACGACACACUUCUCUCUCUCGCCCCCUUCAUCCUACCGUCAAAACAAAGGCGGAAAGUCUUCCAAAGGAAAAGAUUCCGGAGCACCACCCAGUGCCAGUCAAGGCGGCGCCGGCUCCGGCGGCCAUGGCGGCUACAUCCACCUCUCCGACACGCGCGCACCCCCCGACUACGGCCGCAUCGCCUACCCCGAAGAUAUAUUUGGAUCCCUCGAAGUCGACGCGACCGGACAAUUUGUCGAAGGAGAUUCUGGGAACGCGCCUGGAAAUUGGCAAGACUCGGGAACCUACCGUAUAGUGACACGUGAGGGAAUUUUCGGCUUACCAGAUUUCUUGAGGGGAAAAUUGGUGGAGGCGUUGGAGGAGGAGGAGAAGAAGAUUAACGGAAGCUAAGUCGGAUAGUGUGUAAAAGGAAUAUGGAGGUGGAAAGGGAUUUGGAAAGCAGGGGGUGAGAAUUCUGUCUGGAAAGGGUGUUCAAGCUGGGCUAUGGGACAUCUCCGAAAUCGCUGGGGAGGAAAAUAGACAGGGGUUUAUGAAUGAUGAAAUUCGGUUCAUAUUUUGACAUAUGGAGGGAUGAAGAGGUGGAGAUAUGAAAGCACGACGAGAACGUUCAUAGAUUGAUGAAUGGCCAGCGAUGACGAUGACAAUGACGAUGACGUACACCAGUAUGUAUAUUAUGAUGUAUUACGAUCAUCACGCGACUCUCAGCUCCAUAGACAUACUAUACUAUAAUGAGAAUCUAUCUGGGGAAGGGAAAUCCGGAGAAGUUGUGGGGUAAUACUACUGUAAGAUUAGAAUA